AUGGCCAAACCACUCAAUGGCAAGCAUCUUACGGCCGACAUUGACUUCAUCGCCACCCCGCCCCACGCGCCCGACUCCUUCGCGACUGGCGAAGACUGCGGAGUGAAGACGACGACUUCUCCCUCGAUCAACAACCCUCCCCUGCCCGCUGACGGUCCCGGAAAUGAGCACUUUUCCAACCUCGCACUGGGAGGUCUGCUCCUCGGCGUGCCCGUCACCCUCGCCUGGAUGGUGGGCGGUGGCUUCAAGACCACCAUCUUCUUUGCUCUCCUGACGGCGCUCCCGGUUCUGAUUGCCUACUGGACGGUCAUGUCGGCGUACAGCCCGCGGUUGAACGAGAAAGUCCGCCUCCCCGGUCGCCCCGUGGAGUACUACCUCACCUUCAAGAAGGACGUGGACCGUGCUCGGUGGAAGGGGUCGAACAAGAUUCCCCUGCAGACCUUCUACGCGUUGUAUCUGGCUGGCGAGGUGGACUUCAACGGGGAUACGUUGAACGCCAUGGAGUACCGCCACGACUGGGCGACCUUCAACUUCACCUGGGACACGUUCAAGUUCCUGCUGGGCACGUUCUUUGUGGACGUGAUGUUCCAUACCCGCUCGCAGGAUGAGGACCAGGUGCGCCCGACGUACGACAGCGGCAACGACCACUACGCCUGGUUCCUGGGCCCGCGCAUGAUCUACACGUCGGGCAUCAUCGGGGACGCCAGCCGCGAAGAGACCCUGGAGGAGCUGCAGGACAACAAGAUGGCGGUUGUGUGCGAGAAGAUCGGGCUGAAGGAGGGCGAGAAGCUGCUGGAUAUCGGAUGCGGAUGGGGCACGCUGGCCCGGUUCGCGAGUCUCAACUACGGCGCCCGUUGCACGGGUGUCACGAUUGCACGCAACCAGACGGAAUGGGGCAACGACGCGCUCCGCAACGCCGGCAUCUCCGAAGAGCAGUCCAAGAUCCUCUGUCUCGACUACCGCGAUAUCCCCAAGCACGAGAAGUUCAACAAGAUCACCCAGCUCGAGAUGGGCGAGCAUGUCGGCAUCCGCAAGCUGACGGGCUUCUUCCGCCAGUGCUACGACAUGCUCGAGGACGAUGGCUCCAUGUACGUCCAGCUUUCCGGUCUCAGACGCGCGUGGCAGUACGAGGAUUUCAUCUGGGGGCUGUAUCUCAACGACCAUAUCUUCCGCGGCGCCGAUGCCUCCACCCCCCUGGGCUACUACAUCAGCUGUCUGGAGAGCGCUGGAUUCGAAGUCAAGAGUGUCGAUACUAUUGGCGUCCACUAUUCCGCCACUCUCUGGCGCUGGUACCGCAACUGGCUCGGCAACGCCGAACAGGUCAAGUCGACCUACGGCCAAAAAUGGUUCAGAACCUGGGAACUCUUCCUGGCGUACUCGACGAUCGCCUCCCGGCAAGGCUCGGCGACCUGUUUCCAGAUGGUGGUGGUCAAGAACCUCAACUCGACGCAUCGCAUCGAUGGCUGGUCUACGCAGGCGGGCCUGGCGGGCCAUCUGGCUGCCAGCAAGGCGGCUGGCAAGGCGACUUUGAAGCAGUAG